CAAUCCUCUGCCACACCUGGGGGUGGUCUAUAUAUAUACAAAAUGAAGUGCAAGAUUAGAGCUAAGCUAACAUAAAUAGCUUGGGAAAGGGAGCGAGAGAACAAAUAAAGAUAACAUUCUUAUUUAAUCAGAUUCUUCUUGUUAUUUGGUCUUGGGUUGUUUAAAGUUACUGACUUAAGUUCUGUUUGGGAAAAAGAUAUUUGUUGGUGUAUAUGGAGCCUUUAACUCACAUGAAGAAAUAACUUGGAUGAAAUCCUUUUCUUUUACAAGUUUUUCCUGGAUGUAUAUUUCACAAUGACCCAAUCAGGUUUUCUUCAAUGGUGUUUUUUAUUUGCAACACAGGCUAUUUUGUUUAUUGUCUGUGCUGUGCUGCUUAACACGAACUGCAGAUAUAAUAUUCAGCCACAGUUCAGAAUGAAUCAACCUUCUUCCAAAACAGAAAAACAAAAGGAACAUCUCAUUCUUCUGUGGUCCCGACCUUUUGGGGAAUGGUUUCCGCUCAACCAGUGUCCAUUAGCUUCCUAUGGUGAUCCAUGCAUAUUUACUGACAAUAAAAGUUUUUAUCAUUUGGCAGAUGCAGUGGUUAUACAUCACAGAGAAGUGAGCUCCUCAUAUUUACUGUUGCCACAAAGUCCAAGACCUGAAAAACAGUACUGGGUUUGGUUUAAUAUGGAGUCCCCAAACAAUAGCCCAAAUUUAGGCAUGAUGAACAAUAUAAUUAACCUCACAAUGACUUACAGGGCAGACUCUGACAUCUUUACUCCUUAUGGAUGGAUAGAGAGACAUGAUGGGACGGAACUCUUCAGUAUACCAGCAAAAUCUAAGCUUGUAGCUUGGGUAGUGAGCAACUGGGACCCAAAUUUUGAAAGGUCUAAAUACUAUGAAGAACUUAAACAUCAUAUAGAAAUUGACCUCUAUGGAAGAUAUCAUAUGCAAUUACCAAAAGCCAACCAGUCCUUAAUUCUGUCCAAAUACAAGUUCUACUUGGCUUUUGAAAACUCUAAAGGCACUGAUUAUAUUACUGAAAAGCUUUGGAACAACGCUUUUCUUUCAGCAGCAGUGCCAAUUGUAAUGGGACCUUCUCGUGAAAACUAUGAACGUUUCAUUCCUCAAGAUUCCUUCAUUCAUGUAAAUGACUUCUCCACUACCCAGCAGUUAGCUGCUUACAUUUUAGAACUUGACAAAGACAAUGAAAAAUAUCAAACUUAUUUCCGUUGGAGGAAUGUUUUUAACCCUAAAAUACCUGAUGACUGGAGUACAUUCUACUGCAAAAUGUGUAAGACAUUAAAAGAUGCUCCAUCGUAUAGAAUCGUACCCAACCUGGAAAAAUGGUUUCGAACAUAAUUUUACAGCAAAUAAAAUGUUGUAGUGUUAACAUGUUCUGAUAAAGUGUAAACAUCAUAAUACGUGUAUCGUUGGCUACGAUUCUGAAGGAGCCGCUGGUAAUUGAUUGGGCCUGUACUCUGCUUUAACACCCCCCAAUAAUUUGGUCUCACUCCC